UAGAAAGAUAAAAGAAACCAGCAAUGAACGCUACCUCUCCAGCUCAUUCCUACGCGAUCAUUUCAUUGCUGCUUCUCACAAUGAUCGCCCUGUGCUCGACGGCGGCGCAGUUGCCGGCGGGAGGCUGCGCCGGAGAGCUGAUUGCAUUCUCUCCAUGCCUGCCAUUCGUAUCGUCACCACCGAACAAUGUGACGUCGUCGGCUUCUUCGCAGUGCUGCGGUGUGUUUUCCUCGGCUUUUGAGAGCGCUGACGGCGCCUGCCUCUGUUACCUUAUCCAGCAGCCUCUGAUCUUGGGCUUUCCUCUGAACGCCACGAAACUUCUCGCUCUUUCUUCUCUUUGCCCUCCUGGAAACGCCACUUCUGCCCGGAACGCUUCUCUUGAAUCCUUCUGCAUAGGGUCACCAGCAUUGCCUCCCCUCCAGGGCACAACGGGUCCAGGGCUUGGACGGCAACCUCCCACUACUAGUGAUUCAGCUCCUGCUAAAUCUCCACCUCAUUUUCCAAGCUUACCUGCAGAACCUCCAGGGCAUUUACCAACAUUGCCAAGCUCACCCCCAAACUCAUCAGUGCAACCAGAAAAGAUGGACAUAAUUAGAAUUUGGUUUCAACAAGGAAUCAUUGUUGUCAUUGUUCUUAUCCAAGCUUACCUUUAGUUCUACAUGACCUUUCAAG